AUGUUACCACCAAUAUCCUUCCCGCAAAAGAGUAAGCGACGCCUGCCUCGACGAGUGAACUGGGACGCACUGUGCAAAUACGCUUCAUUCAAAAACUCAGACUCGCCGUGCAGGCUGCCGGACCAGAGUGCAAUUGGCGGAGUGCAUCUUGUCCGCUUACUUACCUUCGGAGACACCCAGUGGAUCGCUAGAGUCCAACUUGAACCGUCAACCCCAGCAACAACAAGCCUUCUCAGCGCUGAUAUUAAUGUAAUGGAGGUUGUUCGAGCUCGAACAAACAUCCGCGUUCCCGAAAUUUAUCGAUACGAGCCCAGCAACGAGAAUAGCGUUGAUGCCGCGUUUUUUCUCAUGGAGAUUUUGCCCGGUGAAAAGAGAGAGGCCUUCUUUAAGAAGGUCGCGAGUAUACAGGUCCAGCUAUCCCCAGUCCGGCUUCCCAAAAUCGGUUCCCUCAUCCGGCGAGACGAUAAAUCCUUCGACGUCGGACCCCUUCCAGUGCUCGGAGGCCCAUUCUCAACAGCGACGGAAUUCUACCUGGCAUGGGCAAAACACGCAAGAUUCCCUACCAACGACAAGGAGAUUCGAAAAUCCAUGCAAUCCGGGCCAGGAGACGAGACUCUAAGCUCAAUACACAACUUCCCACGCAGCGUACGAGACCUAGCCGGCAAGAGAUCAGCAUGCGAUACCGGGCCUUUCCCACUGUAUCAUCCAGAUUUCCACCACAGCAACAUCAUCGUCGACGACUCUUUCGCGGUCCUUGGUGUCAUCGACUGGGAAGGCGGCUGUGCUGUACCCUGGGGCCCGGAUAAUUACGACGCAGGCGGGAAGCACCGCGAUCCCGAUGCCAUAAGACGCUUGAGUGAACGGGUCCAGUAUGCUCGGUUUGUCCAGGAGAUGGAAAGCGAGCUGGGGGUGGACGAGAGGUUAUCCCGGCUGAUGGACUCCGAGAUCCAGGGCCUUGCGCAAGCGAUGAAAGUGUAUCAUGACCCAGGGAAGUUGGGGUUCUACUGUGAUGUCCGAAGGCCAUUUCGCAAAUAG